CAGAAGAGAACUUUAAAUCCCAUGUUGGAGAAAGAAAUAACACUAAUAUUCUUCUGGAAGCCCCACACGGUGUACGAAUACAUGCAAUUGACCAAAAUACAUCCAUUAGAAGAAGGAGAAGCAGCAGCAACAGAAGAAAUUGUUCAAAACAUCAAGAAAUAAAAAGAUUAAAGACGACAAUGGAAAGGGGUGAAGGAAGGGAGCUAAACAACUACGAGUUACAAGUAUCUUUCUCAGCACCUCAUGAUUUGGGAUUUGUACACUUUGCAGAUCAUAACCAGAUGAUGAGCUUCUUAGCUCCUCCUUCCUCACACUCACAGCUGUCUUCUCAAAUACCUCAGCCUCUUCAAGUUGCCGCCGCCACCACCGUUACGCCUCCCACCACCACCACAAACGCCACCGCUGCUGCCGCCUCGAAUAACAUUAGCAGUGCCCUAGGGUUUAACCACAAUGAACUUGUCAAUAGACCUUCUUGGAAUAAUGACCAGGUGGAAACACUAGAUCCCAAGGUUGUUAAUGACGAAAAUUGCAGCGGUAAUGCCAGCGAGGGUAACAAUUCAUGGUGGAAAAGUUCAUCUUCAGAUAAAGGAAAGGUGAAGAUAAGGAGAAAGCUAAGAGAACCAAGGUUUUGUUUCCAAACAAGGAGUGACAUUGAUGUUCUUGAUGAUGGAUAUAAAUGGAGAAAAUAUGGUCAAAAAGUUGUCAAGAACAGCCUUCAUCCCAGGAGUUACUAUAGAUGUACACACAGUAAUUGCCGAGUGAAGAAGAGAGUUGAAAGACUUUCAGAAGAUUGCCGUAUGGUAAUAACAACCUAUGAAGGUAGACAUAACCAUUCUCCUUCUGAUGAUUCAAACUCUUCAGAACAUGAUUGUUUCACCUCUUUCUAGAAAUACGAGAGAUUAAUUCUGUAUAUACCAUAUUAGUACCUCUUUCAAACCAUAUAUUGUCACAACGAAUCAUUAUAUUGUGCCUAUCUUCAUGUUACUGGCUUGGUAAUGUCAGAUUAGUCUUUUUUUCUUAUUAUGUAUGGCUUAACAUUGUGUCAAGCUCAUAAUUUAUGUAUUCUAUAGCGGACGAAUCUUG